GAUUACCAGCAUAGAAGAAGAAUAAAGCCUGUGUUCCUGCUGUGAAGGACUGAGCUGAACACUGAGACAAUCGUUAAUGUGAUACGAACAUGGAUUAAAGAGAGAAGGUAACUUUGUCUGGGACCAAUGUUCACCAUCAGGUGCAUUCUGGGAUCAGCUGCAAGAAAUCUGGCUCCUCUCCCAGCUUUCAGAGAAAAGAUCAAGCUGCAAAACAGGAUGUCCAGCUCUUCUCACCCGCUGGCUGCAGUCUGUCAGAUGACUGCUACUCCAGACAAAGAGGCCAACUUCUCUGUCUGUAAGCAGCUGGUGGAGGAAGCCAAGGAGCAAGGGGCUGCCAUGAUCUUCCUGCCUGAGGCUUUUGACUACAUUGGAUCCAGCAGAGAGGAGACGCUGUCACUGUCAGAGAGUCUGACAGGAGACACCAUCUCAAGAUACGCUCAGCUGGCCAGGAAGUUGGAUGUGUGGUUGUCUCUUGGAGGAUUUCAUGAACGAGGACAUGACUGGGAGACUGACCGACGAAUCUUCAACAGUCACAUCAUAAUUAAUGAUAAAGGUGACAUCAUUUCAGUCUACAGGAAAUCCCAUUUGUUUGAUGUGGAACUGCCUGAAAAAGGGGUGUCACUCAAAGAAAGUGCCUUCACCAUCCCUGGACCUUCGCUCAUGCCUCCAGUCCAAACUCCAAUCGGCAAGGUCGGCUUGGGCAUCUGCUACGAUCUAAGAUUCCCUGAGUUAUCACUAGCUCUGCAAAGGCACGGAGCCGAGAUCUUGACAUACCCGUCAGCUUUCACUGUAGCAACAGGAGCUGCUCACUGGGAGGUGUUACUCCGUGCACGGGCAAUCGAGACCCAGUGCUUCAUCCUGGCAGCGGCGCAGGUCGGCCAGCACCAUGAGAAGCGCUCGUCAUACGGCCACGCCCUGGCGGUGGACCCGUGGGGGGAAGUGCUGAGUGACUGUGGAGGGGAGAAGCCUGGCAUGGUGCUGGUGGAGGUGGACCUGGAGAAAAUUAGCAGAACCAGGAGGAACAUGCCGGUCCAACAGCACCGCAGAGACACUGCUUUCUACCACAGUCUGGCUCAAACAUGAGCAUAAUGAAGUUAAAGCUUCGCAUCACAAAAAACACAUUGGCUGGGAGGAAUACAGCGUGACUCAAACUAAACAAGAUGUUGUCUUUAAUUACUGUCUUGCAGAGGAGCCAAGCUGAAUGAGGUAGUGAAUUAAUGAAUGCACAGAAUUCCUCAAAGGAGUAAUCACUUUCAGCUUGUCUGAUCAGAAGCACCGCUCUUUAAGGCAAAAUGCCAGAAAACAGUCUUCAAAAUAACAGAGACUCCAGGCUAAGAUAAUAAAAACAAUAGUUUACUGUGAGGAAAGAAGCAUGCCUCCUUUUGAAAUUAGUAAUCAAUAAAUAUUGGAAAUGUUCCAACAUGAAGCGGUUGUUCUGCUCCAGAAGAGAUUCAAGUAGAACUGCAGGUCACUGCUUGUGAUUGAGGCUGAGGGAAAAAUCCUCAGCUGUAGCCUGUUUUUUAAAUUUUGAGUCAUACUGUCAUCACUGUAGGACAUAAUUUAAUUUCCACAGCCUUUUAUCGGUUCAUUAGUCAAGGAAAUGAGCUCAAGUCGUCCCAAAAGAGCCUGUGAAUGAUCUUACUCACACUGAUCAAUAGAUGGUACUAUUGGGCAGUUAGAAUGGAGGAAAUGACAAUGACUUGCAGUGAAACAUUUUGUUCUAGGUGUAUUACUGAUGAUAAAUCAACAUGUCAUAUUGAAGAGUUGUGAAAAAAAUGCACCUGUAUGAUCUUCCAUUUAUUAAAUUACAUACUAAUGUGCAGAAAGAUUAUAGGAUAAACUCAAACAUCUAAUUAUGCA